CACGAGCCGCCACGUGACCCAGUGCGCGCGCGCAAACGCCAGGCCCCGCCCCCUGGGGGAGGUGCGAGUCCCGUGGAGCGCAUGCGCACAGAGAGCAGGUGGGGGACCCGCCACCGGCCGGCCGCCACCGGCAGAGGGCGCGAGAGACCCGUGCGGCCCCCGGAGCGGGAAUCGAUCACGGACCGAUCACCGAGACACCGGGACUCACAGACACCGAGAGUCAUAGACACCGAGAGUCACAGACACCGGGACACCGGGACACCGAGAGUCACAGACACCGAGAGUCACAGACACCGGGACACCGGGACACCGAGAGUCACAGACACCGAGAGUCACAGACACCGGGACACCGAGAGUCACAGACACCGAGAGUCACAGACACCGGGACACCGAGAAUCACAGACACCGAGACACCGGGAUUCACAGACACCGGGACACCGAGGCUCACACCCUCUGGAUACAAACCAGGAGAUCAAGGAACGCUCUGGAAGGCGUGGACAUUGUUGGGCAGUAAGAAUCCAUGAAAAGAUGAUGAUGAACCCUCAAAUCAUGAAGAGACAGGCUGGACGACGCCAGUUUUACCUCCAAACCAAUUUCCUGACAAUCAUCUCUUCCCUGGCAGCCCUGCUCGUCUCCGGGGCCUCUGUGGGUCUAUGUCUCCUCAGUGUCUCCCUGGAAUUGGCCUCGUUGCCACCUCCAUCUCUGGACGUUCCUUAUGCCCAAUGAAGAGAAGUUUCCAAAACUGAGAAGGAUCCUGAAGAUGUACAGGAAAAAAAAUAAAAAUCCCAGCUAUGUCAUGUC